GAAACCAGAUAAUCUAUGGAAAAUAUAUCCUAUUACACAAUAUUCACUCUCUCGAAACCAAAAGCUUCAGCGUCUGUUAAACAUAUUUAUUUUGCUGUCUCGCUUAUUCUCUAUCUUUUGAUCAUUACAUUCAAUUUGACACUGAUAGUUAUCCUCCUAGAAAAAACUCUGCAUGAACCCGUGUAUAUCUUUCUGUGUAAUCUAUGUAUUAACGGACUGUAUGGAACAGCUGGAUUCUACCCUAAAUUCCUAUGUGAUUUAUUUUCUGAUUCUUUUGAGAUUUCAUACAGUUUAUGUACUUUGCAAGCUUUUGUGAUUUAUUCCUUCACUAUGUGUGAAUUUGCAACAUUAACGGUUAUGGCUUACGACAGAUAUAUUGCUAUAUGCAGGCCUUUAAACUAUCACUCGAUCAUGACAAAUACACUUAUUGUAAAAUUGCUGCUAUUUUCUUGGCUUUUCCCUGUUUUAUCUAUGGUUGGAGCACUAUUGAUGACAAAUAGUAUGCCAAUAUGUAGAUCCCACAUUGAUAAACUUUAUUGUGAUAACUGGUCUAUCGUGAAGCUGUCAUGUAAACCUACUAUCAAUAAUAAUAUUUAUGGAACCACAAUUAUCAUAAUGUAUUUUUUGAUGGUACUUUUCAUAAUUUUUUCCUACUUCAAGUUGAUUUCUAGUUGUAUGAAGAGCGCAGAGGGCAAAAACAAAUUUAUGCAAACCUGUGUGCCACAUUUGCUUUCCUUAGUUAAUUUCACAUUUGCUUUACUUUUUGAUACAAUGUACAGUCGAUAUGGAUCAAGAGAUUUCUCACAGGAUCUAUACAACUUCCUGACCUUAGAAUUUCUGGUAAUCCCACCUGUUCUCAAUCCUAUUAUUUAUGGAUUAAAACUGACGGAGGUUCGUAAAAGAGCCCUCAGAGUGUUUAUAAAUGUGAAAGUGAGACUUGCGUAAAUAAAAAGGAGUAACUCAUCGCUUCAUGUGCCUAAUGUGAAUUCGUAGUCUGCAUUUGAUUUGUAUUUCACCCUGUGUGACAUUUGUGAAAUAACUUGGACAGAAACGCAUUGCUUGUAAAGUAAUCUGUAAAGUAUUGUAAUACUAUUGUUCAUUGUGCGCUCUGUUCAAUAUAAAACACCUG